AUGGAUAAAACAUUCAAAAGUCAACUGCUCAAAGCUCAACUUCAAGCGUCAGUUUACGGUCUUGCCUCAUCACUGUCACUGUUCAUUUCUGGUGGUGCCUAUGGAUUUGGUGUCUACCUUAUCACAUUGGGCCUUAUGACACCGUAUCAAGUUUAUCAAGUGAUCACUUCGUUGAAUAUGUCAACAAUGGGUGUUAUGAAUAUGGCCGCUUUCUUGCCCGAGAUCCUUAAGGCACGUAUGGCUGGUGGUUUGAUUUUCGCGAUCAUCCGUCGUGAACCAUCCAUUGACAUUACCUCACGCAAAGGCCUUAAAGAAGUGAGUUUUUGCUGUUGUGAAGAAUAUAUCAAUGGUUGUUCAGAGAUGUGUACGAUGUCAUCUCCAACAAAUGAACAGUGCUGA